UCGCUGCAGUCGGCGGCGCAGCUCGGUCUGCUGCCUCGCUGCACCCGAACGCACAUUCACGGUGCUGCCCGGAGAAUUAGUAAUGUUUUUUAUUUGGAACAUUUCCAGGUUUAGCCCGAUAGGCGUUGCCUGAUACCUACCGUACGAAGUGUACGCCGAAUUUCUUCCUUCAGCAGCUUUUGUGAGAUGUUCUGCAUUUGCCAUGGCAAGAGGUCUGUUUCCACUGGGGUUCUUCAAAAAGCCUCUGUACAUCCAGGCCAGAUUUUCCUACCUACAUAUGAAGUACCUGUUCUUUUCCUGGCUGGCAGUGUUGGUGGGGAGCUGGAUCGUGUAUGUAGAGUACUCAUCCUACACAGAGCUGUGUCGUGGGCACGACUGCAAAAAUUCAAUAUGCGACAAGUACAGACAGGGAGUCAUUGACGGCUCGGCCUGCAGCAGCCUGUGUGAGAAAGACACGCUUUACCUGGGGAAGUGCUUCACUGCCAAGCCCAACAGCCAGGUGUACUCUGGCAGCUGGGGAGACCUGGAAGGAGUCAUUAAGUGCCAGAUGGACGAGACGCCUCACUAUGAUUUGGGCAGUGAGAUGGAGCCCAGGAAGGAGGCUGCGGCCUUCAACAAGCCCACCAAGGGGACCUCUGUGGAGAAGUUCAGGGAGAUGAUCCAAAACCACCUAAAGGCUAAAGUAGGAGAUCAGGCCAACCUUGCAGACCUGGCAACCCAAGUACUGUCUAUAACAGAUGCCAAUAAGGACGGUCACAUCUCUCUGCCCGAGGCUCGCUCCACGUGGGCCCUGUUGCAGCUCAAUGAAUUCCUGUUGGCAUUAGUCCUGCAAGACAGAGGGCACACGCCAAAGUUACUGGGCUUCUGCGGAGACCUGUAUGUGAUGGAGAAGGUGCCAUAUUCUCCGCUGUACGGCAUCAGCCUACCCUGGAUCAUCGAGGUGUGGAUUCCUGCCGGUCUGCGCCGCAGCAUGGACCAGUGGUUCACCCCCUCCUGGCCACACAAGGCCAAGAUCUCCAUCGGACUGCUGGAACUGGUCGAGGACGUUUUCCACGGCACUUUUGGCAGCUUCCUCAUGUGCGACGUGAGUGCCAUCAGUUUUGGCUACAACGAUCGCCAUGACCUGAAGGUGAUGGACGCACGGUACAUUGUCCCUGAAGCCAUCUUCCAAGAAGGCAUUAGGCAGCAGCGGUGCGAUGUGGACGAGGAUUGUCUCUACGGAGUGGACUGCCUCACUUCCUGUGACAUCACCAAGCACCGCUGCACACCCGAGGUCACCAGGCCAAACUUAGCCAAAGCCUGCGAAGCGCUCAAGGACUACAUUCUGAGAGGUGCCCCGUCUGAUGUGAGGGAGGAGCUCGAGAAGCAGCUGUACGCUUGCAUUGCACUGAAAGGUUCAGCAGAACAGAUGGAAAUUGAGCACUCUCUAAUUCUGAACAAUCUCAAGACUUUGCUAUGGAAGAAGAUCUCUCAUACCAAAGACUCCUAAUAAAUAAGCACUAAUAAACACAGAGGCACAAAGACCGAAUCCUGUCCCCUCAAGUUUUUAAAUACUUGUCACUGAAUGUCCUUCAUAUUUAAUCAUGUAAUAAAUAAACAUAAUGGAGCAAAAUGGAAAGUACAAGUUUUUGAAACCAUAAUAACAAAUCAAUAAAUGAUAUGCCUAAAUACUGAGUGCUUGCUUAACCUUUUGCAGUGCACUGUCUAGUAGUUUGUUAGCAAUUUUUUUUUUUUUUUAUUCACCCUUCAUCAGAACAUAGACCAGGUACUUCACACACGCAACUCACUUAAGACAAAUGACUGUAUGUUUGCAACUACCAAAUCAGCCUGUAAACCAUGAUGCCAUCGAGUGGCCAGUGAGUGACCAGCUAUCCUAUGACAAUAAAAUCCCCAAGGGGUUUAUAAGAAGCCCCUCACACUGCCAAUACAGGAUACAUUAAGUGCAAUUAUGACAAAGUACACGAGGACGUGAUUCUUUUCGAUAGAUUUAUUUCAACAAAAUUUGUCAUUUGGAACGGAGCAGACCAACACCUCAAUCUGACGCCUCCUGCUCCUGAGCCCGGAGGAAGCUCGCCUUCUUCUGGGCGACACGGUCUUUCCUCUGGGCCAGAGAGAGCUUGGCAC